GCGGUCUGCUGCAACUUCCGGUCUUUGUCUGUCGUCCGUUUAGCGCCGUUAUUCACAGAUCAGGUGUUUUAAAGACGCCGUGACGGUCUGGGAAGGACAUACGUGAACUUGAAGAAUUGGUAGCAGAAUUUGCAUUCAACAUAAGCAUGGCAAUGCCAGCAAUAGACAUCAAAAUUGAAGAAGAGGAUCCAUGUGAAGAAGAAGGGGACAACUCCUUGAAAACAGACAAGACACGCGGCAGUAAGAAAUCUCAUGAGUGCGUAUGUUGCGGUCACGUGUUCUCGAGAGGGUCGGAUCUGAAGUGCCACAUGCGAAUCCACACCGGCGAGAAACCCUACCUGUGCGAGGAGUGUGGCAAGAUGUUCACUCGACGACAGGACCUGAACAACCACCUGCGGAUCCACACCGGUGAGCGACCCUACACGUGCGAAGAGUGCGGCAAGACGUUCGCCCAGAAGACGGCCUUGACGACCCACAUACGCACCCACACUGGGGAGAAACCCUUCAUGUGUGAAGAGUGCGGCAGGCAGUUUGGUAGCGCCGCCCAACUCAGAGGCCACAUGCGAACACACACUGGAGAGAAACCCUACACCUGUGAAUCGUGCGGCAAGGAGUUUCGUCACCAGUGUAACCUCAGGAGACACAAAAAGAUCCACUUGGGGUUAAGACCCCACAAAUGUGACAUUUGCAAUAAGGCGUUUUCGCAGCGAAGUAGUAUGAAACUCCACAUGCACACCCACAGCACCGAAAAGCCCUACAGUUGUGAGCUGUGCGACAAGCAAUUUGGCCACGUGGAAAAUCUCAAGAAACACAAGAAGACUCACACUGGGGAGAAGCCUCACAGCUGCGAUGAGUGCGGGAAGAAGUUUAGCCAGCUGUCGAACAUGAAGAGACAUAAACUAACCCAUACCGGCGAGAAACCCUACAUGUGUAUCAUCUGUGGCAAGCAGUUUACACAGAAUGUUACCCUGCAAGCGCACAAGAAGAAACACACUGAUGUGAUGCCCUACAUGUAAGAGGUGAAGUUAGCCUAGAUGCCAGACAAAAAGCAUGCCAUCCAGUACCAAUCCCUUUGCCUAUAUAUCCUUUAGGUGAAGAAUAUACAUGUAUCAUAUGUCCCUGUCCAGAGAAAGCCAGCCAGUAUACAACGAUUUACCCAGAUCAGAUACACAUGUUACUCCAAAGCUCAGUAUCUGAGUGUAGGCCCCAACAAUGGAGCAGUAGUACUAGUAGUACUAUGAAUGUGUUUGAGUAAGACUAAACAGAGCAGUAGUUUGUGAGGCCAUGACUAUGUGAAGGUAAGGUAGACAUUACAUGUAUACAUCUGCUAAAAUGCAAAUGUUCCCUUUUUAGUUGACAGCAUGUGUUUUCUGUGUUGCUCCCACUGCAGAUCAACUAUAGGACUAAUGAUGGCUUGAUGUUUGACUCUAAUAUGCACUUUUAUGAUAACUUGUACUAUGUUAGGUUAUUUGAUAGAAUGUGUAGUACAGUGGUUAAGAAUCUUAUUUUUCUUUUCUGUUGACCUCAGUCAAAGCACUUUUUCAUUGGUAACUACACUGUGGUGUAAUUUGGCAUUUGUUCAAAAUAGCCAAGAAUAGAAUUUACAGUUUUGUCAUUAAACCCAUAUUACUUCUGAUUUAAUGCUAUAUUCUAGUAUAUUUUUAUAUAGUUUUAUAACUAGUUUUUUAUUAGUAUUACAUUGUACUAUUAUUUCAGUUUGUUGUUUUAUCAUACUUCUCAUGUUGAUAUGUAUCUACAAAAGUUGUUCAUGUUAUAUCUUGCUUCAGUAUUUUGAAUAAGCACAGCUAAUAUGUAGCAAUAAAAAUGUAUACUAUUGUAUGUACAAAUAUUACACUAAGAAUGUAUAAGUAUCUAACACAUGCAUGCAUUUCUCAAUGUAUAGUACAUAUUACUAGUAUGUAACGUUAUAUUAUAUUAUUGGCGCAUGCACU